CUGGGACAGGCUGGAACGGAGGAUGCGAGAGAGGGGGAAGAGAGAGGGAGAAGUGGGAGUGACUGAGGAUAGAGGAAGCACGGUUCCUAUUAAAGGCUUUUUUAUUUCAUUGCUGCCCACGUAGAAAGCUUCAAACUAAAUCUGUUUAUAUGUUCCUGAAUAAACCGUUGCAAGUUUUCCUUCCAAUAGACAAAAAAACAUUAAGUGUGCGUGCUCCUUUUCGCGUGAUGUUCUUUGAAAUGACGGUGUGCAGCCCCCUUCUCUUAAAUACGGAUUCGGGCGGCCAAGAUUGAACUGGUCGUCUUUUGUUUAGGCUGCUUCAUCGGUCUCCAUUCGGCAGACGUCACCGAUAUCCUGACUCUAGUGUGGCGGCGGCGUUUUGCGUAGUUGUUCCACCGGCAGGCGGGCAACGAGGUCGUGUGCGCCUGUUUGUGUGGGGGUCUGGAGGGCUGUGGGCAUUGAAGAAGGCGGCGACGGUGGAGGAGGACGUUUCCUUCCCUCGAUGCUAAGCGCUGGAAUGGAAGAAUUUAUUACCGAGGAGGAAGAGCCAUGGUACGACCAACAAGAUCUCGAACAGGACCUUCACCUAGCAGCAGAGCUGGGGAAGACUCUGCUGGAGAGGAACAAGGAGCUGGAGGACUCCCUGCAGCAGAUGUACCUCACUAAUGAGGAGCAGGUGCAGGAGAUCGAGUACCUGGCCAAGCAGCUGGAUGUCUUGCGGGACAUGAAUGAGCAGCAUGCUAAGGUGUAUGAGCAGCUGGACGGCACAGCCAGAGAACUGGAGGUCACCAACCGUACUCUGCUGCUGGACAGCAAGGCCUCGCAGCACAAGAUAGAGAGGCUGACGGGCACCAUCGAUGCUCUCCAGGCCCAGGUGGAGGCUCUCUCUGGGCAGGUGGAGAAGCUGCGCUCCCUGGAACAGCUCCGGGUCCGAAGGGAGAAGAGAGAACGACGCAAGACCAUCCACUCCUUCCCCUGUCUCAGGGAGCUGUGCACCGCCCCCAGUUACGAGGAUGGCUUCGUGGUGGGCCGGGCGGAGAGCUCCUCGUUGGAGUUGAAGCGGCAGCCGAUGGAGGAGGAGAACGAGCGGCUGAGGGAGGCGGUGUCGGACCUGCGCUCCGCCGUGAGGACGGAGAGAGGACGGCGCGAGGGGGUGGAGAAGGAGUGCCACGCCCUACUCGGAGAGUUCUCCCGCUUGGAGGCCCGCGUGCAGGGUGCCGAGAGCUGCCAGGUGCGCGUGCGGGAGCUGGAGGCGGAGCUACAGGAGCUGCAGCAGCUCCGGCGCGCGCGCACGCUCCUCCUGAGCAGCGAGGACGACGGCGUGGGCUUCACCCAGACCCUCCUCAACAACACCCCUGAGACCGACACCCCGGAGGGGGCGGCGGACGAGGCGGGCGGGGGGGUGAGGGAGGAGGCGGAGGGCGGGGGAGGCGUGGGAGGGCAGGCCUUGCCGGCCUCCAGCCCGGUCAGGAAGAGCUGCAGCGACACGGCGCUCAACGCCAUCGUGGCCCGCGACGCCUCGGGCCGCCGGCGGGGCAGCUACGCCCUCCACGCCAACAGCGUGAGGAAGAGGGGGAUGUCCAUCCUGAGGGAGGUGGACGAGCAGUACCACGCCCUGCUGGAGAAGUACGAGGAGCUGCUGGGAAAGUGCCGGCGCCACGAGGAGAACCUCUGCCAUGCCGGCGUCCAGACCUCCAGGCCCGUCUCCAGAGACCCCUCCAUGAAGGACUGCGCCGUGGGGGCCUCGCCCACCCCGGCGCCCCCUCCCACGCCCACCCAGUCCCCCUCCACCCCGGAGGCCAUGGAGAGCAUCAGCAAGCAGGUGGAGGCGGUGGACAAGCGCCUGGGACAGAACACGCCGGAAUACAAGGCCCUCUUCAAGGAGAUCUUCUCUCGCAUCCAGAAGACCAAGACUGACAUCAAAGCCACCAAAGCCACCAAAUCGAGCAAGCCCAGCAAGCCCAGCAAGUCAGGGGGUGGUAAAAGCAGUAAACAGUGAUAUUUACUGACUGGAUGCAGAGUGGGAGUUUGUGAUGUAACCCAGAGCUUUAAUUUGUUAGAGGGAAGCCACCCAGAGACCCUGCGCUGACCUACAGCGCCCCCUAGAGGACGCUUACCAUCAGGGUUGAGGUUGAUUCCCUACUACAGCCAAGAAAGAUUCACUAUAUUUGAAUCAGAUCAAAAGAAAACACUGCUCAAGGAUACUCAAACAUAUUCAAAACCAUUCAGAUUCAUUUAGUAAUUGGGACACUUGUCUUACUUGCAAAUCUCCUGUCCGUUUUUGUGUUCUCCUAUCACAACUGCUGCUUCGACCUGUCCUCGGUUACCAACCAACCCAGUGUUGUUAUGGGAGUAAAACUCAUGUACUCCCUCUGAAUGUUACUGUAACCUCUCUGAGCGCCUGGCUGCCUUUCCUUAUCAUGUGACAUUUUCCCUCCUUUUCAGCUGCCUUUGCUAUGGCUACCUGCGUCACAGGUAUAACUGUCACUCCAAAAACCAUUGGAGGAGGAGGAUUCAAACAGAGGUUGCUUUUAUACUUUAUUCCCUCUGGGACACAGAUAUAAAAAGAUGCACUAAACUUCAAGGACUUGCAUUGUACAUCGCCGGAUUUUCUGCCUCCAAAAACACACAACUGACUUUGAACUCUGUCGGAACGAACGGAAAGACUCACAGAGAACGAACAAAAUGGCUCCUGUGUGACUGCACUGUGCGAUCAGCCCACCCUGGACUCAGCUUCUGUGUUGUCUGUUAGAACCAUGGCCCCAUAAACUGUUGCCGAUGAAGUGUACGUCUAGUGGGAAAACCUAAGCCUUUUGCCCAGAGGACAAUGCUCGAAUGUUGCACUGCUCUGUGUUGGUUUCAUAUCAUCUCGAAUACUGUGUUUUAUAUUCUAGGAAAACUUCUACUCUGGCCUGCAGUCUGCCUAGUGCUCAGUUACAUACUUAUAGGAUUUCAAAAGGGAUCAAGGUUGAUUGAAAUAGGGAUGGGUGUUCUAAUGUUCCUCUAGGUUGAAUACAGAAAACAGCAGCCUCCAGCUGUGAGAUGUGCUAGCAUCACUGUCCCUCCACCCUUUAACCAACUUAAUGCCAAAAAACCUUAAAUGGGAGAAUCUUUAUGUUGUUGAGACAGGAUGAAGAGUCCUUAAUUGGACCCACUAAACAGUGAAGGUGACCAGGUACCAGGGGCGGGGGAGUGAAGUGAUGUGUAGUAGGGGUGAAGGUGGGUCAGAGUGGGGGGGUAAGAUGUCAGGUCAUAUAGACCAGGAAGGUAAUGAGGGUCUUGAAUAGAAAGCAAUAAACUGAAGUGGUGACAUCACGACUGUGAGGGGAGUCUGGGUAAGGUCGAUGAUCCGAGAAGGAUACUGAAACUCUGUUUUUGCUGAAUGUUGCUUUUGCUCUGAAAUGUAUUUGUACGCUUAAUGAUAAGCCUUGAAUGUGAUUGGCUGAGAGAUUGGCCUGCUUACCUGCUCUGAGGCUGUUGCCUGGCUACUUAGUCUACAGAUGCAUCAGACAAUCCACACAGAUUGCUGUCUUUUCGGUUUUCCGGGCAUUAUAAACAACUCCUGCUACUAAUAUUGGUUGUGAAACGCCAGCGACACAGGUGAGUUGCUUGGUCAAAUGUGAAAUGCAAUGUAUCUUUUUAUUCAUUUAUAUAUCUUUGGGACUGGUUGCUUAGGAAAGUGUGAGGAUGCUAUUGUAUGUUAUCUACCACAACAAACUAAAGGGGGGGGGGGGGGGGGGGGGG